AACACUGUGUUGCCUCCAUCCAUUUUGUUUUAGUGAAAAAAGAUUCUCAAAAGUAACAGACGCGGAUAACCAAAAUUGACAUUGCAGUAUAUAUAGUGACACUUUUAGCAUAUUAAACAACUAACUAAAUUCCCAGAGUGCAACGCAAUGGCACAAAACAUCAGCCCUGAACAGAGUGGUGCUGGUGGAAGUAGCAAACACAAUGAUGACUCGCUACCUAUCAAAGACAAUCAUGCUGUGAGCAAAAGACUGCACAAAGAACUCAUGAACCUAAUGAUGGCCAACGAGAAGGGAAUAUCGGCAUUUCCAGACGGCGAAAACAUUUUUAAAUGGGUCGGCACCAUUGCUGGCCCAAUAAACACUGUGUACUCGAGCCAGACAUAUCGCUUGUCGCUCGACUUUCCAAAUUCCUAUCCGUAUGCCGCGCCAGUGGUUAAAUUUUUGACUCCAUGUUUUCAUCCCAAUGUCGAUCUACAGGGCGCCAUUUGUUUAGAUAUACUCAAAGACAAAUGGUCAGCUCUGUAUGAUGUGCGUACCAUACUGUUGUCCAUACAAUCUCUACUGGGCGAACCUAACAAUGAAAGUCCCCUAAAUGCGCAGGCCGCGAUGAUGUGGAAUAAUCAAAAUGAGUACAAAAAAUACCUAGAUGCCUUCUAUGAGAAGCACAAGGAUACCUAAACACCAAAUAACCUACUGCGGCGACCCCUCUCACUUUCAUCUAUGCUCAUAUUGUGGCGUAUUUAUUAACCAUUUGUAUGUGUGGUGCAACAAACAACCAACAAACACAACACUACCUACACACCACCCACCCACAUCUCAACCUUUAUAUUAGUUCAUGCUGUUUUGGUACAUUUGCAUUUACAUCUGAUUUUCAUUGAUAUAUAUAGGCACUAUUGGAUUUUUAAUUUUUGAAGCAAAUUAAUUAUAUGUAAUGUAAUAUGAUAUAUGUAUGUAUUUUUUAAUAAUGUCUGUUUCUUUAAGCUUAAGCAUGAAAUUUAGUUAAUUGUUUUUUUUUUAUACGAAUGAUUUUUUGAAGUAUGUAAGCGGGCGACUGCCAUCAAUUUUGUAUUGACUUAAGGCAAUUCGUGCAAGGUCCAGGCCCGACCCUCAUGUGAAUGUUAGCUAAUUAUAUAGUAAACCUCCCAGAUACCCACUCGCUACAUAUAUGUAUUUACUUUUAAUGCAACAACAGCAUCAACAGUUUUUCGAC